GUGAUUUUUCUAAGAAGUACAGUUAAUUCAGAGACAAUCAACGAUGACCGGCCGCGGUAAGGGAGGAAAGGGAUUGGGAAAAGGUGGCGCGAAGCGUCACAGGAAGGUGCUCCGUGAUAACAUCCAGGGUAUCACCAAGCCGGCGAUUCGGCGUCUGGCGCGCAGGGGUGGAGUGAAACGUAUCUCCGGUCUGAUAUACGAGGAGACUCGCGGUGUUCUCAAGGUUUUCCUCGAGAACGUCAUCCGCGACGCGGUAACCUACACGGAGCACGCCAAGAGGAAGACCGUCACCGCCAUGGACGUCGUGUACGCUCUGAAGCGCCAGGGCCGCACCCUCUACGGUUUCGGCGGUUAAGUUGAUUAAUUGGUGUCUGUCGUAUACAUACUUAGGUAUAUGACGGAUAUUUUUCAACAAGUAAAAAAGGCCCUUUUCAGGGCCGCA